AUGGCAUACGAACAGAGUCACUACCAACCGCCAGCAAGGCCAUACAAUGGGAGCGCAGCGCGACGUCCAGUUCCCCCACAAGGCCCUCAGCAAGGCUACAAUCAACCGCCUCCGCAACAAUACCCCCCGCAACAAUACGACCAGUACGGGCAGGAUGGCUACGGGUACGAUGAUUACAAUAAUGGUUAUGCGCAAGAGUAUGAUGGAGGAUAUCAGGAUGUGAAUGGAGGAGGACGAGGGAAUGGCUACCCGCCGCAGAAUCAACAAAACUAUCCACCACAGCAAGAACAAUACGGAAACGACAGAGGAGGGGGAAUCCCUCCGAGGGGCGGGGGAAGAGGAGCACCACCAAUGCAAGGAGCACCGCCAAUGCAAAGACCACCACCCGCUGACGGAGCUCGAGGCGGAUAUGGUGGAGCCCCAGGACCAGGAAGAGGAUAUCCAAAAGGUGGACCCCCUGGAAGAGGAGGCAGAGCACCUAUGAACAGAGGACCUAACUCUGACCCAGGACGACAACAGCGCAGACCUUUGAAGACCCCUCCCAUAUCUCCCGAUGACCCCUCGUCCACUUUUGACAAUCCAUUCCCUUCAUUUCCAGGCGGAAAGAAAAAGACCUCGUUGUCUGAGGAGCAGGAUAUCGUCCAGAGGAUGGCAAAUAUUGAGGUUGGACCCCCGCCACAGAAUCGCCCAAGAGGUCCUGGUAGUAAAGGAAGUCGAGACAAGUAUCCUAUGGGUGCACCUACCGACGAUUAUGGACGACCUUCUUUGGAGGGGCAAAGAAGAGGGGCACCUGUAGAUGACUAUGGACGCCCUUCAAUGGAAAGGAGACCUGCGCCGGAUGAUUAUGGAAGACACUCGGCGGAUAAUCAAAGAAGGCCACCUGAUGACUAUGGGCGUCAGUCCGCAGAGAGUACUAGGAGCGGGCCACCUAGAGGUUAUCCCCCACAAAGGCCACCUCAGCAAGGAUAUCCCCAACCAAGACGGGGGCCACCACCAGGUCAAGGCUAUGGGCCUCCUCAGCAGAAUGGGUACGGAGAUCCUGGCUAUGACGAUAGAGGAGGCUAUGGCCAGGCUUCAGCUCCACCGGCGAGGGAAGAUUUUGGACCUCCUGGGAGAAGUAUGACUAUGCCGAAUCAACCUCCUCCCCCUCAAGAUAUGGGCCGUAAACCUCCAAUGCCUAGACCCAUGGAAGGACCUGGUCCUAGUGCACCAUAUAAUGGCCCUGUUGGCCGUGGAACGCCACCAAGGCCAUCUACUGCUUCUGGAAGUCGUCAGCAACCACAAAGACAAUAUCCAAAUCCACCACCUCCUUUGGAUCUCUAUGCAAAUGGCCAGAGACAUCCAUCAAGUCAAGGAUAUUAUACGCAUCAGACUAAUGGAAGCAUUGACGAAUUAUAUGACGCAUAUUAUGAUUCACCUGGGGGUGCUCAACGGAGACCACAGUCUGCUGAAUCAGAGAUGCCAAAUUUCGAUGCUGUGCCUACAAAGCCUAGUAAUCACAGAAGAGGAGCGUCUAUUGAUGAGCAUAUACAACCACCACCAGCUCCGCUGCAACCUGGUUUCGGACAGCAAAUAAAACCCGUCAAAUCACAACCUGAUAUCAGGCAUCGAGCGCAACCUCAAGCAGCUGUUUUUGAAAUGGCAGAUGAAGCACCUCCUUUGCCGUCUGCUAUGCCGCACCCAAAUGCCUACCCUGAGACUUAUGAUGACGGUUAUGGUCCAGAUCCUUAUGGUUUGAACCCUGGCCCAGCUUUUGUGCCAUAUGAUGAGCCUCCGCAAAAUGGAUUUCAGCCACCUCCACGAAGCGCGUCUGCAGCGCCUCGAGCUCCUGUGGGUCUUCCAAACGGUCCAAGGGGCGGUCUACCUAAUGGCCCUUCUCCGAAUGGAGGGCCCCCUCGAUCAAAUACAAUGCCCAGACAGGCACCCCCUAAUAUGGAUGCCUUGCCAUCUCACCCCCCACCUGUUCGGGCCGGCUUAAUACCUAAUUCUGUUGUCAGCUUAGCAAGCAACAAGCCAACUCCUGUUCGUAAUUAUGGAGGCGUAGCUCCUGCACCUCCACCGCAACAAGCUCCAAAACAACAAAUGCAGGCUCCUCAAGCCCCAGCGAGACCUAUUUCUGAAGCAUCUGCGCCAGUCACAGCAGCAGAGCUAGAGCAGCUGAGGAACAGUGUCAAAAACAACCCCAACAACCAAGCAGCACAGCUCCUCCUUGCUCGGAAGUUAGUUGAGGCAUCCGAAGUCCUCGUGUCCACCAUCCCCGACCAGAGACAACGCAACAAAACCCGCGAGCGCUACGUAAUGGACGCACAUAAACACCUCAAGAAGCUCGUCACACUCAACAACGCAGAAGCUAUGUUCUACCUAGCUGACUGUCAUGGCCGUGGCUCCCUCGGCCUCGAACCUGAUAAUAAAGAAGCCUUUUCCCUCUACCAAUCCGCUGCCAAAGCCGGCCACCCAGCAGCAGCGUACCGCACAGCCGUGUGUUGCGAGCUUGGCCAGGAGGAUGGCGGCGGCACGCGCAAAGACCCAAUGAAAGCUAUCCAGUGGUACAAACGUGCCGCCACGCUAGGUGAUACACCUGCAAUGUACAAAAUGGGCAUGAUACAGCUCAAGGGCCUGCUAGGGCAACCAAAAAGCGCAGGCGAGGCAGUCGGCUGGCUCAAACGCGCCGCGCAAGCCGCAGACGCCGAGAACCCGCACGCACUUCACGAACUCGGGCUCCUGUACGAAGCGCCUCAAUCUGACUCCUCGGUCAUACGCGACGAAGCCUACUCCUUCACCCUCUUCCAACAAGCGGCCGACCUAGGCUAUAAAUUCUCGCAAUUCCGUCUCGGGUGCGCGUUCGAGUACGGGCUGUUCAACUGCCCAAUUGAUGCGCGGCAGAGUAUCAUGUGGUAUUCGCGUGCCGCGGCACAGGAGGAACAUCAGAGUGAGCUGGCGCUUAGCGGGUGGUAUCUGACGGGCAGUGAUGGCGUGCUGCAGCAGAGUGACACGGAAGCUUAUCUGUGGGCGCGAAAGGCUGGUAUGGCGGGGUUGGCCAAGGCGGAGUAUGCGAUGGGGUAUUUUACGGAGGUUGGGAUUGGGAGUCCGGCGAAUUUGGAGGAUGCUAAGAGGUGGUAUUGGAGGGCUGCUGCGCAAAACUUCCCCAAAGCCCGCGAGCGUCUUGAAGAUCUCAAGAAAGGCGGUGGGAAAGCGGGUCUUAAAUCCCGGGAACGCAUCUCGCGUUCCAAAGUCGGGAAGCAAAAUGAGGGGGAGUGUUCCAUUAUGUGA